CGCUCCGUGUAGUUCGGCUUAGUACACCACUCGCAAUCAGUCUUUGAUCGGUCGUGCGAUGGGUAGUUUGGUUGAGUUCUAUAAGUUGCCGUACAAUCCGGCCCUGCCGCUGCCACAGCGAACACCGCUGAUGACCGCGGUCCGCGUGCUAAAGAUCAUUACCAAAUUGCUGAUUUAUGUAACGAAAUUGAUUCCCCACACGCUGUACCUGUUGGCGCGAAAGUUCUUGCGUUGGAAGAAUCCCAAAGACAUUCGCGGCUGGACGGCGUUGGUCACGGGUGGUGCAAACGGACUGGGCCGCGCCAUCGCCAUCGAGUUGGCUAAACAUGGCUGCCACGUGGUCAUAGCCGACUUGGAUGAAUACGCAGCGACGAGAACCGUGCUGGAGCUGAGAUAUUACGGCGUGAAAGCCGCGGCCUACAAAAUUGACGUAGCCUGCUGCGAUCAAGUUAACGAUCUUCGCCAACGCAUAGAAGCCGACCUGGGAUCGCCGGUGGAUCUGCUCGUGAACAAUGCCGGCCUUGUCCCGUUUCUCGUGUCGGAUGAGUACGUGCCGGAAAAUCUGCAACGUCUGGUGAACGUCAACAUUCUCGCCAACUUCUACACGGUCAACGCGUUCCUGCCGGGGAUGUACGCUCGCCAGCGGGGUCACAUUGUGACGAUCGCGUCGGCGUCGGCCCUGCUGCCGGUGGGGUUGACGCGGCACUACACCACGACCAAGUAUGCGGUGCGCGGGUUCAUGGAGGAGCUGCGGGACGAGAUUCGGCUGGCGGGGCAGGCCCUCACCGUCAAGACGACGGCCAUCUUUCCGUUUCAGCUGAACACGCGCAGGGAGCUGGUGGAGGCGGUGCUGAAGAUGCCCUUCUUCUCGGAACUCCCGGUGGUGGAUCCCGCCGUGGCAGCCGCGUCCAUUGUUCGAUCAAUCCGCGCCAACAAACGACAGGCCUUCGCUCCGGACUGGUUCGCCGUUGGCUGGGCGAUCCUAGUUGAUUUGCUACCACGUCGAUACAAAUACUUGUUUUUGGAGGAUCUUCUGCGAAAAUGAUGACCUGCUUUGAUCAGCGCCUGCUUACAUUGCGCAGCAUAUCAGUAUCAGUACGUAAUAAGGAAAUAACUAAGAAGUGAACGUCCACCUUUCAUGGCAUGCUUCGGUUGAAUAAACGCUUCACGGAACUUUGUUAUAAA